GGAGGAGGAGGAGGAAAAGGAGGAGGAGGAGGAGGAGGAGGAGGAGGAGGAGGAGGAGGAGGAGGAGGAGGAGGAGGAGGAGGAGGAGGAGGAGGAGGAGGAGGAGGAGGAGGAGGAGGAGGAAGAGGAUGACAGGUGGAUCAGGCAGAAUAAAGCGCACACAAGUCAUACAGUCACGCUUUCCUACACACUGUUUACACACACAUGAAGAGGAAAUGUGUGUGUGUGUGUGUGUGUGUGUGUGUGUGUGUGUGUGUGUGUGUGUGUGUGUGUGUGUGUGUGUGUGUGGUACAGUUAAGCUAUUUUAUGACCUUUCUGAGUAACCUUUGUAAAUAAUAAGAUUAAUAACAGCUGUGUGUCACUAAACAAAUAAAUAAAUAAAUAAAUAAAUAAAUAAA